AUACUUGGGCCUCCCUACCUGCCACUCAGGAGUUGCCUUCUUUGGGGAAAGGGCAUAAAGCAGGAAAUGAAAAGCAGCAUCACAGGAAGGCAACACACAUCCCGUAUCAUUAGGUGGGAUGUUUUGCAUUCAAGAGCAGCUUGUCAGAAAAUAGUCCCUGCUUCAAGGGAUGCCUCUGGACAUGGGGCAGCUAAGGCCCACUAUAAAAGCCAGCCCAGCUCCAUGCUCUCUCAUCCACUUUUCUGGCCUUCUUCUUGUUGGGAACCAGGUGAGUGUGCACCUCCUACCCCCAGACAUGUCCUGCUACGACCAGUGCCGGCCAUGCCAGCCCUGUGGCCCGACCCCGCUGGCCAGCAGCUGCAACGAGCCCUGCGUCAGGCAGUGCCAGAACUCCACCAUUGUCAUCCAGCCCUCUCCCGUGGUGGUGACCCUGCCCGGCCCCAUCCUCAGCUCCUUCCCGCAGAACACGGCUGUGGGAUCCUCCACCUCUGCUGCCGUUGGCAGCAUCCUCAGCUGUGACGGAGUCCCCAUCAACUCUGGGUGCUGUGACCUCUCCUGCAUUACCAGCCGCUACUGUGGCAGCAGGUGCCGCCCCUGCUAAAGAUGCCAGACAGUGCCCCAGACCAGGACCCCAGGAACUCACAACAUGCUGCUGGCCAAAAUGGAUGGAAGAAGAGACCUCAUGUUGUUGUUCUAAGAGGACCUGACCAUCUCUGGCUUUCCUGUAAAGACAGAUAGGAAGGGGCCAGCCCGGAGUCUAUGAUAACAUGACCAAUGUCUUCCUAUCCUGUUUUCUACACGCUCUUUUUCUUUCUUUGCUUUCUUGCCCUCUCCUUUGUGUGAGGCCCCCAGAAACCAGUCUGGAGAGACCUGGUAGACCCUCUCCCCAUGUGGGCCAGGUAGAUUGAUGCCCUGUUGCAAGUCUGCCAUUGGAAAAGCUGAACAGAUUUUUGUCUGCUCCUGCUUGCUACGAUCUUGGGGCCUCCUCUUGGAGUGUCCUCCUUUCCCUCCUGAGCCUUGAUAAACAUUUGCAGCAACCCUGAGUGUGUCCCUGUGUGGUCUUUUCAUCUGGAUACUGAUGGCCAAGGGAGAAAACCAUUCCUUAGUGGGAAUAGGCU